AUGUUUCCCUGUCCAGAGUUUCCAUGGCAGCUUUAUGUAGGAAAAGAAACAAACUACCCAGCUAAUAUCCAACAAGAGCUGCAAAAAGCUGUAAAUGAAAGCUUUGAUUUCCUCAGAGUCCCUUUAUCACACCCAAGAUAUAGCCAACAUCCUGAUAUUAAAAGAAAUAAUGCAUUUACAAGAUCUGACUUUUGCCUUCCCAGUGACCAAUGGAAUAACUGUAUACAAGGGAAAUGCAACCCAAAUAUAAACCCUGACUCAAGCUGCCCGAAAUUAAGAGAAAAAUGGGAAAAAGAGAUGGGAAGACAGAUUGACUGGGCAGUCCAUUUAGGAGUCAACGCUAUUGUACUGCCAACUCCUCAGCUGCAUUGCACGAAUUUUGCGAGAAUUUUGAACCAGUAUUUGGAAAAAGGAUUUUAUUAUCAAAAAGUCCACGUGGAAAUUCCAGCUGAUAAAUGGGAAAUUUGGAAUGCGCUGAGAUGCAUGGUAGGACCCUCGACUGCGCUUGGAGUGUCUUUAGUAAUAACUAAAGAGCUGCCUGAAGAGAAAAUAUUAGACCGAUGAUUCGGAGAACCUAUCAUGAAUGUUCACAUCCCCAGACACAUUUUUCUAAAAAAUAAACAGGGGUUUCCAGUUUUGCCAAAAGAGCAUCAGGUUUUUAUACAAAAAUUAUUUAAACUAAAAGCAUCAGUGCUAAUAGGCUCAGCUAGAGAUGCAGAACAAAUAAGAGGGUAUAUUUGCUAUUUAUUCAAAAACCAGCCACGCGUAUUUUUUAUAUAGCUCAAUAAAAUUCAGUCCUUUUCUAUAGACUAUUGGGACAAUUUGCAAAUCCCUUUGCAGCCUUUGAUGCAUAAUUUAGAAUCCAUGACUUAUGAUAUUUUUGAAAAAGACACUGUUAAAUACCUUCUAUAUGAAAACGCUAUUUAUUCAGCGUUAAAAGAUAAUGAAAAUUACAGAAUUAUUAUGGUGGUUGGAGCUGGCAGAGGUCCAAUAGCAUCUGCUGCUUUAAGAGCAGGAAGAAAAGCUCAAAGAAAUAUAAAGGUUUAUGCCCUUGAUAAAAAUCCUAACUCCCCCCCCCCCCCAUCCUUGAUCGAACGACUCGCCAUCGUUCGAUCAAGGAUGGGGGUUAAAAAAAAAAUUUUCGGGAAAAAAAAUUUAUAUAUAAAAUAAAAAAACAUAGAUAUUUUGUUUUAUUUACUUUUAAAUAAGAGGGUUUAGAAUAUUUAAUAAUUAUUUUUACAGCAAAAAAUUGAAUUAAUUUCAUAAAAUGCCAAUUUUUAAUAUUUUGAUUUAUUAGUUACCCCUUUAAAUUGUAUAAAUUUUUAUUUGUUCCUUAUUAAAUUAAUUUUUUUUUUAAAAAAAUUUUAAAGAAUCUGUAUUUUAUUAGAUUAUUGAGUUUUUUAGCAUAUGUUAAAUGACUAAAUCACUUCGGAUGGUCGAUUCCGCAGCUUUUUGUCGUCUCAAAGUCUCUGAAAACAACUUCAUUAUGUGUAUCUUCCCAAGCUUUUGAUAAAUAAUAUAUUUUUAUAUAUAUAAAAUUGUCAUGAUAUGAAAAUCGUUCGAUCAAGGAUGGGGUUAAUCUCCCCAAUUUUUAGGAAUUUUUACAGUCAAUCGUUCGAUCAAGGAUGGGGGGGGGAGUAAUGCGAUUGUGACACUUUAUAACUUGUUAAGUAAGAAUUACAUAGGCACUGAUUGGGCUGGAGAAAACAUUGAAGUAAUUGAAAGUGAUAUGAGGGAAUGAAAACCAGAAGAAAAAGCUGAUAUUUUAGUUAGCGAACUGCUUGGAAGCUUCGGAGAUAAUGAGCUUGAGCCUGAAUGCUUAGAAUGCGCAAAACACUUAGUCAAAGAAGGCGGAAUCAGCAUACCUUGUGAAUCAAUUUCCUAUUUAUCCCCAGUAUCCUCACAGAAAAACUGAACCAACGCAAUCACAGUUGAAAAAGUCCCAGAAACUCCUUAUGUUUCUAUGCUGCACAAUUUUUACUCCCCAUGGACAACACAAAAAUGUUUUCAAUUCAACUAUCCUUCCCCUAGCUCAAACUAUUCAAGAUUUUCUUCUUUUAAAUUUCCAGUUGCAACCCCUCUAACAAUCCAUGGCUUUGGAGGCUAUUUUGAGUCAAAAUUAUAUAAAGACAUAACACUCUCCACAGUCCCAGAAACACAUUCUAAGGAUAUGUGCUCUUGGUUUCCUAUGUAUUUUCCAAUAAAAGAGCCGAUUUUUUGUCCUGGUGGGUCAGAAAUUGAAAUUUCAGUAUGGAGAUGCUGUGGGAGCGGAAAAGUGUGGUAUGAGUGGGUUAUUAAUAUGUGGAAAGAUGGUAUGCUGUACAAGUCUUCAGGCCUGCACAAUCCGAAUGGGAAAACAUAUUGGAUAGGAGUUAGAUAA